AUGUGCCUGUUACUUCCUGUCCUAAAUGAGUUUGCGCUCUCGGUGGUUAGGAGGGGAAGUGACGUGGCUGCGGGGAAGAUGGCGGCGACGGCGAUUAGCUCAUCGUCAGCCACGGCCACGGCGGCGGCUCUCGGAGAGGUGGAGGAUGAAGGGCUCCUGGCAUCGCUGUUCCGGGACCGCUUCCCGGAAGCCCAGUGGCGCGAGCGGCCCGAUGUAGGCCGCUAUCUCCGGGAGUUGAGCGGCUCGGGGCUGGAGCGGCUGCGGCGCGAGCCCGAGCGCCUAGCGGAGGAGCGGGCUCAGCUGCUGCAGCAGACGCGCGACUUGGCCUUCGCCAACUACAAGACCUUCAUCCGUGGCGCCGAGUGCACCGAGCGCAUCCACCGCCUCUUUGGAGACGUGGAGGCGUCGCUCGGCCGCCUGCUCGACCGCUUGCCCAGCUUCCAGCAGAGCUGCAGGAACUUUGUGAAGGAAGCCGAAGAGAUCAGCUCCAACCGCCGGAUGAAUAGCUUGACCCUAAACCGGCACACAGAAAUCCUGGAAAUACUAGAGAUUCCUCAGCUCAUGGAUACCUGUGUCCGGAACAGUUAUUAUGAAGAGGCCCUGGAGCUCUCAGCCUAUGUACGCCGACUGGAGAGGAAAUACUCUUCCAUCCCUGUCAUCCAGGGCAUCGUGAACGAAGUGCGCCAGUCCAUGCAGCUGAUGCUGAGCCAGCUGAUCCAGCAACUGAGGACCAAUAUCCAGCUCCCCGCCUGCCUCCGUGUCAUUGGCUACCUGUGGCGCAUGGACGUCUUCACUGAGGCCGAGCUGAGGGUGAAGUUUCUUCAGGCACGGGAUGCUUGGCUCCGGUCCAUCCUGACUGCCAUUCCUAAUGAUGAUCCCUAUUUCCAUAUCACAAAAACCAUUGAGGCCUGCCGUGUCCAUCUCUUUGACAUCAUCACCCAGUACCGUGCCAUAUUCUCAGACGAGGACCCACUGCUGCCCCCUGUCACGGGUGAGCACACUGUGAAUGAGAGUGCCAUCUUCCACGGCUGGGUGCUACAGAAAGUCUCACAGUUCCUGCAGGUGCUGGAGACUGACCUUUACCGGGGCAUAGGCAGCCGCCUGGACUCUCUGCUGGGCCAGUGCAUGUACUUUGGGCUGUCCUUCAGCCGGGUGGGAGCUGAUUUCCGAGGCCAGUUAGCUCCUGUUUUCCAGCGGGUGGCCAUCCGCACUUUCCAGGAAGCAAUUCAACAAACAGUGGAGAAAUUCCAGGAUGAAAUGAACUCCUACACUCUCAUCUCAGCUCCAGCCAUCCUGGGCAGCAGUAACAUGCCUACUGCUGUGCCAGCCACUCAGCCAGGGACACUGCAGCCACCAAUGGUGCUUCUAGAUUUCCCCCCCCUCGCCUGCUUCCUCAACAAUAUUCUGGUCGCCUUCAGUGAUCUGCGCCUCUGCUGCCCUGUAGCCCUAGCGCAGGACGUGACUGGGGCCUUGGAAGAUGCCCUUGCCAAGGUAACUAAAAUAAUCCUGGCCUUUCAUCGGGCUGAAGAGGCUGCCUUCAGCAGCGGGGAGCAAGAGCUCUUCGUCCAGUUCUGCACUGUCUUCCUGGAAGACCUCGUUCCAUAUUUAAAUCGCUGUCUCCAGGUCCUUUUUCCACCAGCUCAGAUAGCACAGACUUUAGGCAUUCCUCCCACUCAGCUCUCCAAGUACGGAAACAUCGGGCGUGUGAACAUCGGCGCCAUUCAGGAGCCCCUCGCCUUUAUCCUGCCAAAGAGAGAGACGCUCUUCGCCCUGGAUGACCAGGCGCUGGGGCCCGAGCUCACAGCUCCAACACCAGAGCCUCCCGCCGAGGAGCCACGCCUGGAGCCCGCGGGCCCAGCCUGUCCGGAGGGAGGGCGAGCGGAAGCGGAGGCGGAACUGCUCAGUGUGGAGCCCUAGCCAGCGUUCCCUGCCUCCAGAACGCGGGCUGAACGCCAAUGGAGAACAGGUGGUGUGGCAGGCAAGCGGUUGGGCAGCCCGCAUCAUCCAGCACGAGAUGGACCACCUGCAGGGCUGCCUGUUCAUUGACAGAAUGGACAGCAGGACAUUCACAAACAUCUGUUGGAUGGAAGUGAAUGACUAAAGCUUUUUACUAGGGCUGAGGAUUCCUUAGACCAAGAUGCAAACACUGCCACUUUGAGCUGGGCACAUCUUACUUGGCAUCAACUUGGAUGGCUUGGCCAUGACAGGAAAGUGGACCGCCAAGGCAUGCCAGACUGAGCUGGAGGAAGAUGUCAGAAAUGUUUACCCUGAAAUGAGCUAUGGACGAAGUGUUGCCUACAACUUGAGGAGAAAAAUCACCCCCAAAGGAGUGGAUGUUUCCUGACAAUUCUGUUUGGAGAUAGGUGGGGUACUGCAUUCGUCUGCAGUAGACAUGAGUUCCUUGGACCUGUAUAAUCUCUCAAAGCCAAGGUUUGGUAAUAAUGUAGUCUCCAAAUACCUGAAAGCUGUCUUUAAAAGUGCAGGUAAGCGUGACUGGC